AUGUCUCCUUUCGGUCACUCCUUCUCCGCUGGCUCCCCCGUCAUGGCUCUUCCUCCUCAGCCCGCCCAUCAAGCGAGCUUUAGCAUGGACCCAUUCUCUCCCCAAGCCACACCCUUUGGCCAGCCCGCCGCCUUCCAACGCUGCCCUGCACCGCCGGCAAUGCCCGCCGGGAGCCUUCGAGUCGCUGGUCGCAAACGUUCGCGCGACGAGGCUGCCCCCAACCUGGUGACCGACGAGCCCGAACACCAUACCGCACCCAAAGAACCCGAAGAAGAGUGGGAGUACGGCCCUGGUAUGGUUCUCAUCAAGAAGGGUAGCUACGUCGCGGAUGCUGGCAGUCAAUCUGGCACCUGGGUCGAAGAGAAGGCUGCGCAAGAUGACGCUCGCAAAACACAAGAGGCCAUCACACGUCUCCACGAGCAGCAGGAACGCCCAUCUCUACGCAGCAACAAAUCCCAACGCCUCACCCAGGCCGUCAUGCCAAAUCUCCAUGCAGCCCAGCCAGCUACGGCAUCCACAUCCACAUCUCUUUCAUCAGAGAGCUCUGCGCAACCAAUCGUCGACCAAUUCACCCUUCACCUCGGCAUUGGCUGGAGACGCAUCAGCGAAGACCAACACAUCCAAGCCGCGGCGCGCGGCUGGGCCCGAUUUAUUGAGAACCACUACCCUGUUUCCAACGCCAUUAUCCGGCUGGAGAGCAAGGGACUACAAUCGUACCUCGUCGAAGCCGCGGAAGGUUUCUUCCUCUUCGCAGAGAACCUCCGUCAAGGCCGCUUUGUUAGCAGAGACGUCGAGGGCGCUAUGCGAAAUCUCCAGUGCUCGCCUCCCACCUUUGAUGGUCAAGAGACAUUGCUUGCGACCGAGUCUCCCGCAGCAGUAGAACCAGCCAACAUGAUGGAGGCUGACAGCAAUAUGGUCAUGUAA